AUGAGCUCGAAUCCAGCAAUGACAUCUGACCAGAUUGCCGUCAUCAAGGCGACAGUCCCUGUCCUGGCCCAGCAUGGCAACACCAUCACAACUGUUUUCUACCGCAACAUGCUCGAGGCCCAUCCCGAGUUGAACACCAUCUUCAACACGCCAAACCAAGUCAAUGGUCACCAGCCUCGUGCACUGGCUGGGGCCUUGUACGCUUAUGCUUCGCACAUCGAUGACCUUGGUGCACUUAGCUCCGCUGUGGAACUUAUCUGCAACAAACAUGCCUCGCUAUACAUUCAACCCGACCACUACAAGAUCGUUGGAAAGUACCUCCUCGAAGCAAUGGGUGAAGUUCUCGGUGCUGCGUUGACCCCGGAAAUUCUUGACGCGUGGGCGACCGCCUAUUGGCAGCUUGCAGACCUCAUGAUCGGCCGCGAGAAGCAACUCUACGAGCAGAGCGAGGGCUGGACCGACUGGCGCGAUUUCAAAAUCGUUAACAAGGUCAAGGAGUCGGAAGAGAUCACUUCCUUCUACCUCGCUCCUGUCGACGGAAAGCCUCUACCCAACUUCCAACCCGGUCAGUACAUCUCUGUGCAGGCCCACGUGCCAGCUCUUGAGUACGCGCAAGCCCGUCAAUAUUCCCUCAGCGAUCAGCCCAAGCCAGACUACUACCGCAUCAGCGUUAAGAAGGAGACUGGCAUCAAUUCAUCUGACCCUGCUCCCGCUGUUACCCACCCUGGGUACAUCUCAAAUCUGCUGCACGAUACCUACAACAUCGGCGACACACUUCAAGUCUCCCAUCCUUACGGCGACUUCUACCUCUCACCCAGCAAGUCUGAGACCACCACUCCAGUGGUUCUGAUCUCCGCUGGCGUGGGUCUAACCCCGCUCACAUCAAUGGUGAACACCUUGACCUCCCAGGCGCCUGGAAGUCGCAAACUUCACUUCAUUCAUGGUGCGCGCACAUCCGCCGGUCGCGCAUUCAAAGACCACAUCUCCAAGCUCUCCCUCUCCUCCCCUGUCCAAGCUACCUUCUUCACCAGCCACCCGACAGAGAGUGACAAGGAGGGCUCAGACUACCACCACGUUGGACGUGUUGAUCUGAACAAGCUUGAUGACAAGGAUUUAUAUCUCGAUGAUACCCAGACUGAGUACUAUAUCUGUGGACCGGAGAAAUUUAUGACGGAUAUUGAAUCCAGUCUCAAGGCUAAGGGUGUGGCCGCCGACCGUAUCAAGAUGGAACUGUUCGGCACUGGAGGCAUUCCCCACUGA